GCCACUCUCACACUUCAGUCCAGAUUUAGACUUCAGUCUUUCCCAGACAUUCUGUCCCAGCUGUCUCAAGCUUCACGGAGCAAUUUGUCUCCCUCUUUCAGUUUGUCCAGUUUCCCGUCCUUCUCACCAUGCCUGGAGUCUUUCAACACCUCUUUAUCUGACUUGGUAGCAAAGUCUCACAGGUCCUCCAGGUAGACAGUCCGUCAGAGUGCUGCUGUCUGUCAUUUUGAUGCCCAGGGUUUUGCGGGUCAGUGUGAUUCUACAGGUGCAGACAUCUUAUUGCUGUUGUUUGCAGGCUAUGGAAUCUCUGGCAGAGGUCCAGACUGACACAUUCAUUUACAUGAACUUCAUGAAGAGUCACUCCUGCUACGAUGCCAUCCCAACCAGCUCCAAACUGGUCAUCUUUGACACAACACUGCAGGUGAAGAAGGCUUUCUUUGCUCUGGUGGCUAAUGGUGUGAGGGCAGCGCCGCUGUGGGACAGCAAGCUUCAGUGUUUUGUAGGUAUGCUGACCAUCACUGACUUCAUUAACAUACUACAUCGAUACUAUAAGUCUCCUCUGGUUCAGAUAUAUGAGCUUGAGGAUCACAAGAUAGAGACAUGGAGAGAAAUCUAUCUCCAGUAUUCAUUUAACAGACUAAUCAGCAUUACACCAGAGUCCAGUUUGUUUGAUGCCAUCUACUCCCUGUUAAAGAAUAAGAUCCACCGCCUGCCAGUUAUUGACCCAGCAUCAGGAAACGUCCUCCACAUCCUCACUCACAAACGCAUACUCAAGUUUCUCCACAUUUUUGGGUCUAUGAUUCCCAGACCCAGGUUUCUUCAAAGGCAAAUCCGUGAAGUGCCGAUUGGUACCUUUAAACAUAUUGCAACAAUUCAGGAGUCGGCUUCUGUCUACGAUGCUCUGAGCAUUUUUGUGGAGAGAAGAGUGUCAGCUCUGCCUGUGGUCAAUGAGCGAGGUAAAGUGGUGGCGCUAUACUCCAGAUUUGAUGUUAUUAACCUUGCAGCCCAGAAAAACUAUAACAACUUAAAUAUGACAAUGCGGGAAGCCAUUGCAUCCAGAUUCUGCUGUGUUGAGGGGGUCCUUAAGUGCUACCCUCAUGAAACACUGGAGACCAUCAUCAAUCGCAUUGCACAGGCUGAGGUGCAUCGGUUGGUGUUGGUUGACAGUGAUGAUGUGGUGAGAGGGAUUGUGUCUUUAUCUGACCUUCUCCAAGCCCUCAUUCUCUCUCCUGCAGGUAUUGAUGCACUGUACUCCUAAGUCCAACCCUUACUCUCCUUUGACGAGCCACCCAUCCACCUAUUUGCCUUGAAAUCCUUAAAAGUUUCCUGCUCCUUCUGGUGUUCUAUUCCUAAGAUUUUCCCUCUUCUGAAGGCAAUGGAGAUUUUUUCUUUCUGGCAUCAGUGUUCUAACCCUGCUAUAGUCUUCCUUCAUAAUAUCUCCUCCUAAUUCUUUCAAUUCAAUUAAAUUCAAUUUAAUUUUAUUUACACAGCGCCAAAU